AAAUUGACUCUUUGGUAUUACCCUGCAACAGAUUCUCUCUUUCAGUCCAAAGUGUGGGAGUAUUGGAACACUUGAAGUUUUCACUGCCUACAGCUCCUAUUCCCUUUUACUUGUUCAACAAAAGCAGGAGCAUAAUGUCGGCAGUAGCUCUCAGAUGGCCAGCUUUUCGUAUCCUCACUCUCAUCAUACUUAGUGUUCUCCACUUAUCCUUCUGUGAGGCAUAUUCCUCUGGCGAUCUUGGGUCAUUACUUGAUCUCAGAAAAGCUCUUUCCCAAAAACAGGAAUUAAUAAAUAGCUGGUUUAUCUCAGGAGUGCCAUGCAACUGGUCUGGCAUAAGAUGUGUGGGUCCCAAAGUUCACCAAAUAGACCUGUCAUGGUUACCUUUCAUGCUUCCUUUUCCAAGCUGCAUUGGAGAAUUCCGAAAUCUGAAACUUCUGAACCUUAGCCGUUGUGCCCUUACUGGUCGUAUCCCCGAUAAUUUGUGGAACUUGGAGAAUUUAGAGCUUCUGGAUUUGAGUGGUAACAAAUUAGUUGGGUCUCUGCCGCCGGUUCUCUCGAACUUGAAAAUUCUCAAACAACUUGUGCUAGAUGACAAUAGCUUUUCUGGCAGUUUGCCUUCCACCAUUGGGCUGCUUGGAAACCUCAUUGAACUGUCCGUUCAUGGAAAUUCAUUCUCUGGAGCUCUUCCAUCAGAACUUGGGAAUCUAAGUAACUUGGAGUCGCUGGACCUUAGCAUGAAUAAUUUCUCUGGAAGUUUACCUUCUAGCUUGGGCAAUCUUUCCAGACUUAUGUACUUGGAUGCCAGUCACAACAGAUUCACAGGACUGAUUUUUUCAGAGAUUGGAAAUUUAAGGGCACUUUUAACACUUGAUCUCUCUUCGAACCUGUUGAAUGGACCUAUACCAUCAGAAAUUGGCAGAUUGCCUGGCCUAGAGUGUAUGAAGUUGGGAUACAACAAUCUCAAUGGGGCAAUACCAAUAACCAUUGGCAAUAUGAGGAAUCUGAAGUACCUUGAUGUUUGUAGUUGCAGACUCACAGGAAGAUUUCCUGAUGAAAUCUCCAAACUGAAAAGCUUAACAUUCUUAAGUAUAGAGCGGAACAAUUUUGAGGGUGACCUUCCUGUGGGCCUCAGUGAGCUCACAGAUCUGGUUAUAUUUAUUGCGAAUCAUGCAGGGUUUAGUGGAAUGAUUCCUGGGCAGUUUGGUAACUGCAAGAAGCUUUUCAACCUAGAUCUGUCCUUCAACUCUCUUUCUGGUCCAUUGCCAGAGGGUCUAGCCGGAAUGGAGUCAAUUGGCACAUUUUCUGUUACUUCAAAUCAUUUAUCAGGCCCAAUCCCUCAUUGGAUUUCCAACUGGAAAAGGGUGAACUCAAUUACAUUAGAAACAAACUCUUUUACUGGAUCUCUACCGCCAUUGAAGAUGCCAUAUUUAACGACUUUCAAGAUUACUUCAAACAAUCUUUCUGGUGAAAUCCCACCAAAAAUAUGUGAUGGCAAUUCUCUGACAACCCUCUGGCUCUCUGAGAACAAAUUCACAGGAAAUAUUGAUGACUCAUUCAGGGGAUGUUUGAACCUCUCUGAUUUGGCACUGAUUGGGAACAACCUCUUUGGGCAGAUACCGGGCUAUUUAAUGGAGCUGCCCUUGGUUACUCUACAAUUGUCAAACAAUGAGUUUUCUGGUGAACUUCCUGAGCAACUCUGGGAUUCACAGACCAUUAUGGAGAUAGCUCUGGACAACAAUCUGCUUGGGGGUCAUAUUCCAGAGGCCAUUGGCAGGAUCACCACUCUAGAGAUUCUGCUACUGGAUAACAAUCUCUUUGAAGGUUUCAUACCAAGUUCAAUUGGUAAACUAAAAAACCUGACUAAUCUGUCACUUCAUGGGAACAGGUUGACUGGAGGAAUCCCACUAGAGCUCUUUGACUGCACGAAGUUAAUAUCUAUGGAUCUGGGUUCAAACAGAUUAACAGGUCCAAUUUCUAAAGCCAUAUCCCGGCUGAAACUGCUUGACAAUCUGGUGCUCUCUCAUAACCAACUAUCUGGUCCUAUUCCUGAUGAGAUAUGUUCUGGGUUUCAAAAUGUACCAUUACCAGAUUCGGAGUUCAUACAGCAUUACGGCAUGCUAGAUCUGUCCUAUAACAAACUUGUGGGUCCCAUUCCAGAAGCAAUUAAGCAGUGCACUGUUGUAAGUGAAAUACUGUUGCAAGGAAACAUGCUUAAUGGAAGCAUCCCCUAUGGUAUUGCUGCUUUGGAAAACUUAACUCAGCUUGAUCUGUCUUUCAAUUAUUUGACAGGUCCUGCUCUACCAUUGUUCCUUGAACUUAGAAACCUUCAGGCUCUUCUGCUUUCACAUAAUCAGGUAACUGGUUCAAUACCCGACGAGCUUGGGUCUAUGAUGCCAAGCUUGACGAAGCUCGAUUUGUCCAAAAACUUGCUCACUGGUCCCUUGCCAUCAUCCAUCUUCAGUAUGGGGAGUCUUACCUACAUAGAUGUUAGCCUAAAUUCCCUAUCAGGGGCCAUCUCAUUCAUCGGAAGUAAUGUUAGAAUGAGCUCUCUUUUGUUUCUAAAUGCCAGCAACAACCUUUUCUCUGGCAUCCUAUCCGAUGCAAUCUCCAAUUUGACAACCCUUUCUUCCCUAGAUCUUCAUAAAAACAGUUUCACUGGAAGCUUGCCUCCGUCAGUCUCCAACCUUGCUUCGUUAACAUACCUUGAUGUCUCAUCCAACAAUUUUCAGGGAUGGUUUCCAUGUGAUGUCUGUGGCAUAGCAGGUCUUGAAUUUGUCAAUUUUUCUGGAAACAAGUUCAAAGGAUAUGUCCCAGAAAGUUGUGUCAUCACCAAAUCAUGUAUGUCUGAUGGUCCCAUUUUUCCUUCUUUGAGACGCUACCCACCCUUACCAGCUUUUACGGAAGCCUCGAUGUGGGGCAUUGUACUUGGUGCUAUGUUUAGCUUUCUUGCCUUGUUCUGUUGUCUGCUCAGGUGGAGGAUACUGCGACAAGAAGCUGUAGCUCUUUCUGCGAGCAAAACCAAGCCUGUGAAGGAAGUUGAGCCGGCCUCCAGUGAUGAACUUCUGGGUAAGAAACCAAAGGAGCCACUGAGCAUCAACAUUGCGACUUUUGAGCACUCUUUGCUACGGCUGAAUCCCGCUGAUAUCUUAUCAUCAACAGAAAAUUUUAGCAAGACUCACAUCAUCGGUGAUGGUGGGUUUGGCACAGUGUACAAGGCAUUAUUACCUGAGGGUCGAACCAUUGCUGUCAAACGUCUGAAUGGGGGGCACUUCCAAGGUGACCGUGAGUUCUUGGCUGAGAUGGAGACAAUUGGAAAGGUCAAUCAUGAGAACUUGAUUUCAUUGCUCGGUUACUGUGUAUAUGGAGAUGAGAGGUUCCUGAUUUAUGAAUAUAUGGAGAAUGGCAGCCUUGAUGUUUGGUUGAGGAACCAGGCAGAUGCAGUGGAGGCCCUUGACUGGCCAACCCGGUUUAAAAUUUGUCUGGGCUCAGCUAGGGGCCUUGCUUUUCUGCAUCAUGGAUUUGUUCCUCACAUCAUUCACAGGGACAUAAAGUCAAGCAACAUAUUGUUAGACAACAAAUUUGAGCCACGGGUGUCUGACUUCGGCCUUGCACGUAUUAUUAGUGCAUGUGAGAGCCAUGUAAGCACUGUUCUUGCAGGGACAUUUGGGUAUAUACCCCCUGAGUAUGGGCAGACCAUGGUGGCCACGACCAAGGGAGAUGUUUAUAGCUUUGGGGUGGUGAUGCUGGAGUUGCUAACUGGUAGAGCUCCAACAGGGCAGGCAGAUGUUGAGGGUGGUAAUCUGGUAGGGUGGGUAAGAUGGAUGGUGGCAAUGGGGAGGGAGGAUGAAGUGUUGGAUCCUUGCAUGUCAUGUUUGUACCAAUGGAAGGAACAGAUGAAACAUGUGCAUGCCAUUGCCAGGGCGUGCACCGCUGAUGAACCAUGGAGGAGACCAACCAUGUUUGAAGUAGUGAAGUUGUUAAAGGAGAUUAAGACAACUGAGAAUGGUAAUGGAGAUUGAAUCCAAUAUGCUUAUGUGAAGCUGCAUCAGGAGGUAUUGA